GGUUUUUACUUCCGGAGCAUAGCGUCGGUGCUUUGGAUGUGAUGCUCAUGUUUUUACUUUUGUGCUUCAACUUCCUUCGCGACGAGGCCGAUAUUCAGAGAAAUUAAUAUAAUUGUCAUCUUAGCGUUGCAUUAGGGUGUUUAUCGCCACCAUGACGGAAGACGUCCAGAAGCACUCGGUCCACACGCUGGUCUUCAGGUCUUUGAAAAGAACCCAUGACAUGUUUGUGUCCGACCAAGCGAAAUCAGUUUCUCUGGACGAUGAAAGCCACAAACUGAAGAUGGGAGUGAAGCUGAAAGCUGACUAUGGUGCAGUUUUACACAUGCCUGUGCUAAAGGAAGGAAAAGACAGAGUUUCACUGAUUCCAGGCAGCAUGCCGGGCCACCAGAGCUACACACAGCCAGGAGAUGACCCAGAAUACCUGAUCACAGGGACCCACGCCUUCCCCUCUGGGCCUGGUGUAGCAUUGACUGCUGACACAACCAUUCACAGAAAUCCUACUGAGGCAGGAAUCCACUCCAUGGCUGUGGCUUUGCCACCCUCACAAGCAAGAUUGGAUGCAAGUCGCACUGCAGCCAGUGUGGCUGAGAUUCAUCGACUCCCUGUUGGAGCAGAGAGGUCAACUGCUCUGUCAUUAUUGGAAGGAGGUGGCACCAGAAGCUCUGCACUCACAAGGAAAGCACCAACAAUGCCCAAACCCCAGUGGCACCCACCGUGGAAACUGUUUAGGGUCAUUAGUGGCCACCUUGGCUGGGUGAGGUCUAUCGCUGUGGAGCCUGGCAAUCAGUGGUUCGUCACAGGUUCUGCUGACAGAACCAUAAAGAUCUGGGACCUGGCCAGUGGGAAGCUGAAACUCUCCCUGACAGGACACAUCAGUACGGUGCGAGGCGUGGCAGUCAGCAGUCGCAGCCCCUACCUCUUCUCCUGUGGAGAGGACAAGCAAGUCAAGUGUUGGGAUCUUGAGUACAACAAGGUCAUCAGGCACUAUCAUGGGCAUCUGAGUGCUGUGUAUGAUCUAGAUCUGCAUCCAACCAUUGACGUGCUAGUCACGUGCAGCAGAGAUGCCACAGCACGGGUGUGGGACAUAAGGACCAAAGCUAAUGUGCACACACUAACAGGACACACCAACACUGUGGCCACAGUCAGAUGCCAAGCUGCAGAGCCACAGAUCAUCACAGGCAGCCACGAUUCCACCAUCAGACUGUGGGAUUUGAUUGCUGGAAAAACCAGAGCCACAUUGACCAACCACAAGAAGUCUGUCCGAACUCUGGUGCUGCACCCCAGGCAAUACACAUUUGCUUCUGGUUCUGCUGACAACAUCAAACAGUGGAUGUUCCCAGAUGGAAACUUUAUCCAGAAUCUGUCCGGUCAUAACGCCAUUAUCAACACGCUGGCUGUUAACUCUGACGGCGUCUUGGUUUCUGGAGCCGACAAUGGAACCAUCCACAUGUGGGACUGGAGGACAGGCUACAACUUCCAGCGCAUCCAUGCAGCUGUGCAGCCGGGAUCUCUGGACAGCGAGUCUGGAAUCUUUGCCUGUGUGUUUGAUAACUCUGAGAGCAGACUGAUCACAGCUGAGGCUGACAAGACUAUUAAAGUUUACAAGGAGGACGACACAGCUACGGAAGAAAGCCACCCAGUCAACUGGAAGCCAGAAAUCCUCAAGAGGAAGCGAUUCUAGAUCUUUUUUUGAUUUGUUCCUCUUCUAGCAGUAACAAUUUUGAGUAUUAUUUGUACCAAACUGGCUGUAGUAGAUGAGCAUGUUUUCUUGUGCUCAGCCAAACACCUAAAUUCUGUCAGAUACAUGCAGUCUUCGAGUCAGUCUUUAUGAAGGCCCUCCGGUGGUUUCUGUAAAUCCACCAGGAGCGUUUCUUCAGAGUGGACUUCAUUCCUGCAGGGGUCUAAAAGUCAGUGUGUUAAAAUUAAUUUUUUUGCCACUUGUACAGACAUGGAAUCCUACAUUGCCCCUUUUUCUGGUUUGCAAUGUGAAGCAGAUAUUUUGCUCCAUUUUAAUAAAAACGGGAUUUUUCACA